CGGUUCUGUGAAAACAGUAAAUGACAAACUGAGUUAUCUUUUUACGCGUUACAGUUUCAACGUAGAAGCACUGUGGUCCUGCUACGAAAACCACUCCUGCAGUUUCCGAUUUUGACGACGAACAUGGGGCUCAGACCCAUAAUCUGACCGUUUUUUGAUUUCGAUAGUGUCUAAGAUGAACUUGUGCAAAAUCCUGCAAGUGCUUGUGUUGAUUCUUACAUUUGUCUUGGUGCAGGAUGCCCUAUGUGGUGAAGGAGUUGGUGAAAAAACGGAGAUUAGGACAUCUUGGGAGAGCCGGCAGGAUUCUGCCACGUGGUCUUUGGCAGCCAGGAUUCCUAUGACACCUGAAUUCGACCCUCUAAAAGAUGAAGGAAGGGGAAGGAAAAAAAGGCUGAGGAAAAAACUCGAGAAAUUUUUGCUACCAUUACUUCUAGCGUAUAAGUUGAAAUUUUUCACCCUCAUUCCUGUUAUGAUUGGGGGACUGCUGCUGCUUACUGGAGCAACAGGAUUGGCUGGAUUUUUCUUUGCUCUGUUUGCAGCAGUGAUGGGUCUCAAGAGUCAUCAUGACCACUAAAAAGAUAAAUUUCCGGUAAUUGACAAUAUGUAGUUAGAAUGAUCACGGAAUCUACCUCAAUACAUAAUAUUUGUGUAUUUUUGAUGGUAUUCAUUUCGCGAAAACUUUCAACGAAUUUCAAACAGUUCAAUUGUAAUAUCAUACAUCAUAAUUGAGUUGGAAGUUUCAUAAUGAAGAGCAGAAUUUGUAUAAUUUCAUUAAAGAGGAUAAUAAUUAUUAAUAUAUCAAAUUGUUGUCAGGAUAAAAUACAUUAAAAUUUUUGGUAAUGAAUAAUAAUAAUGAUGACAAUUACAAUACAUUUCUCAAUCUGUUUCAGUCAUAAUUUACCAUAUGAAUGUGAAUCUAAUAUUUCAUCGAAUUCCAUGUAAUAAUAUUAUUUAUGUAUUUAUUCUAGAUAUUAAUUUUUUACUUAUAUAGAAUAGAUUUUAUCUUUUAUUUCAUUGUAUUGUACAAUUUAAAACAUCUGCAAGAAAUUUAAACCAAUAAGUGUGUUUAUUUCAUUGAUUAUUUUCGAGGAAGUUGUUCUGUAUAGAAUUGAAUAGUUAUGGAUCGAAGAGCAAAGUCUUAAUCACUCCACUUUCAAAUUCACAAAAUUCUAUUUUUCGAUGAGCAAUGAAAUGUCCAUGAAAAUAAUAGUUUAUUUAGUGAUUUAGUUUUCAUUUCAUCAAUUGAUUUUUGUCCCGUCGAAUAGUGGCACCUUUCUAUUGAAUAUUCAUUCAUAAAUGUUGGAA